GUCAUUGAUGUUGUGUAGGGUUUAAUUGUCGAUUUCUUAUUAUUUAUAAAUAAUUACUUGUAUAUAUUAAUUUAAAUUUGUAAUUUUUGAAUAAAUAAAUAUGAGGGGGUUUUUAAGGAAUAUUAAUGGACUAAUUCGCUCCAGUAGAAUUAGGCGAUUUACAACCUUGGAUAAAAUACAUAAGAACCCUCCAGACUAUAAACAAGUCCCUUUUUUAAAAGAGGACCUAGAUUCUGUCCUUUCAGAGGUCCCAGAGUUCAAUUUCUAUUAUUUCGGAUCAAACACUGAUGAAGAUUACCCUUACAAAGAUGUUCCUAUGACUGAACCUAUUUAUGUGAGGGGCUCUGAGGGGAAGUUUACCCCUGUCGAUAACAAGUUCCAGUACGCAAAGUUGGAGAAUGGACUUAGGAUUGCGACCUUGGAUAAAGGAGGCCUUGAUACGCACUUGGCGCUGUAUGUAAAUGCAGGAUCAGCCCACGAAGAUGAACAUAAUCAAGGAGUUGCCUCAAUGAUAGAGAAUAUGGCAUUUCAUAGCACUGCCCAUUUGUCACACCUUAGAACCAUUAAAACCGUUGAGACUUUGGGAGCGAACGUUAGCUGCAACGCUUUUCGCGAACAUACAGUUUACCAAGCUGAGUUUCUAAGACAAGAUUUGCCAUUUCUAGUUAAUCUUUUAGUUGGAAAUGUAUUGUUCCCACGCUUUCUUACAUGGGAGUUGGCUGCAAAUAAGCAUAGGCUGGCCGAUAAGAGAAAGCGAGUUUUGGAAAACGCAGACCAACUAGUUACCGAGCAUCUCCACAGCGUAGCCUGGCACAACAACACUCUUGGCAACUUCAAUUACUGCCUGGAGCAAAGUGAACCCAACUACACGCCAGAACUGAUGAGAGACUUCAUGCUUAAGCAUUUCUAUCCCAAAAACUGUGUACUAGUGGCUGUUAAUUCGGGACUAGAUGAGCUUUCAAAAUGGGCCAUGAGAGCUUUCUCAGAAUACAACGCAAUUCCAAACCCUUCAGGUGAUGUUGGUAAAUUGGAGCCAAAAUACACCGGAGGUGUGAGGUAUGUAGAUGGCGACACACCUUUUACGCAUGUGGCAGUCGCUUAUCCUGUCAAGGGAUGGGAUAGUAAGCAGGUGAUUGUGACUACUCUUUUGCAGUCAAUCUUGGGCGGAGGAGGAAGUUUUAGUACAGGUGGCCCAGGAAAAGGACUUACAACUAGCCUUUAUAAUAACGUCCUCAACAGGUACGAGUUUGUGGAAAGCUGCAUGGCCUUUAACACAGUUCACUCAACGAGUGGACUUUUUGGCAUUUAUUUGGUAGUUAACGGAGCUUACGCCUCUGGGAACAUGGACCAAGUUUUCACUCUCGUCAGGGACGAGUUCGAGAGGAUGAAGAAGAUAACCAACCAUGAACUUUCUGGUGGCAAAAAUAGUCUUAAAUCCUUCCUUCACAUGAGCCUGGAGCACAAAGCGGUAGUGUGUGAGGACGUUGGUAGGCAGCUUUUGUUCUGCAACAGGGUUCUAGACCCCUCAGACUUGGAAAACCUAAUUGAUGAAGUGACUCUCGAUGACAUAAAGGCGGUAGUAAACGAACUUAGGGUUAAUCAAACUCCAAGUGUUGUUGUUUACGGAAAACUGUCCAGGGUCCCACACCCGGACACUCUUUUACAAUUAUUACACUGAUAACACAAUAAACUUUUUCUAUUCCAAAAAUAA